AUGUCCGCCCUCCCGGCUCCGGAUGCACCUCUUCAGAUUGAAUGGCAGCCGGUGCCCCUCCAGCUUGAUGCCACCGGGCAGACACAGCUUGUCAAGAAGCCCAGGACCGCUCUACAGACCUAUAUUCCCGGUUGUGAGCCUGCCUGGCAAGAUACCGACGAGGUUUCCCUUCAGCAGUUCUUCACAGAGCUCCAGACCUACCUCCAGCACAGCCUGCAGAAUCAGUUGACCCGGGGCAGUCAAGCACUCCUCCUUAUACAAGAGCGCCAGGCAGCACAGAAUGCUCUUAUGGCAGAAGCUCUCGAGUAUAUGAGGAUGGAGGUCAACUCCGUUCAGGAAGAACUCCGGAGGUAUGCGGAAAGAGAUGAACUGAAUGAUGAUGCCAUGGAGAUCGAGUGGACAAAUCCGGCCACCCCACCAGACUUUGUUGCCGAAAUACAACGAGCCCUCGAUGAAGGAAGGCUGGUGGUGGGUAGACCAGGAACUCCGGCACCAAAUCCUCAGUCCAGGUCCUCUUCUAGGGCAGCUACCAGAACAAUGCAGCGAAAGACUAGUCCCUUCGCAGCGUUUCCGGUCCGAUCCUCUAGGAGAGUUAUCCCUAUUGUGCAGCCAGCAGUGGGAGCAUCUCCCUUACCUCCCAGCUGCUUUAGUGGAGUACUCCCAUUCCUUGGAGGAGCCGACCGAUCCUUUGACUAUGAAGGAGAGCUCUUCCCAGGUGCAGGCCGAGGACCUCCCAGUCCAUUAGCCAGCCUGAGGAACCCAGGAAGGUUCACCAUGUCUGGGGCCGCUCAAGCAACACCAACCUCACCAUUGGCCAGCAACUCCGCACCAGUAGCACCUGUGGCCCCUCCUGCUGCGGCCGCCGCUCCCCCUCCUGCUAAUGCACAGGGUGGAAGCGGUGGAAAUCAGAACCCUCCACCUCCUGCGGCCCGCGCUCCCGCUCCUGGAGAUCCAGAUGGUUCUGACAGUUCAGACUCGGAACCAGAAGGUGGUGACAGAAGAGGCUGGCGGAGAUACCUUAAGAAGAAGUUGGAAAAGAAACAAAGGGAUUUGUUAGCUAUGAUGUCCCAGCAGUACCGACCUCCAGCCGCCUCUCAAGGGGGUGAGUAG